AUGAAAAAAAUUAAUAUAAUAACAUCAUCUUUAUUAUUAUUAAUUUUAAUUACAUUUUCAUCAUUAAUUAAAUCAGAUGAAACAACAACAGUGGAGAGUGAAAGAGAUGAAUCAACAAAAAAAAAAACAGAAUCAUUAGAUCAAAUUCCUAUAGGGUUAAAUGGUUUAAAUGAUACAUUAUACUGGGGUACCUAUAGACCUCAUACUUAUUUUGGUAUGAAAUCAAGAUCAACUUUACCAAUUAAUACAGGUUUAAUUUGGUCAACACCAAAUAUUGGAAUGGGAACCUAUAAUAAAUUUCAUUAUAAAGUAGUUCAAGGUGGUGAUAAUGGUAUCAAAAGUUAUACAUGGACAAAACAUGAUGGUAAAAACUUUGGUUCUCAAGAAAUUAUUGAUGUUCAAGGUCAUUUAAAUUUAACAACUUCAUUUAUUAAAAAUUCUGGUCAAAAAGGUGGUGAUUGGUCAGUUAGAAUUAGUGGUAAAUCAAAUUAUACAAAUAAAGGAGGAGUACCAUUGGUCUCAUUAAUUUAUUAUAUACAUGAUGAAAGUUUAAAGAAAUCAUCAGAAAAUGGAUUAAAUAUUAAUAUAGCAGAUAAUAAUAAUAAUAAUAAUAAUAAUAAUAAUAAUAAUAAUAAUAAUAAUAAUAAUAAUAAUAAUAAUAAUAAUAAUAAUAAUAAUAAUAUACAUAUAAAAGGUGAACAUCCAGAAAUUGGAAAAUACACUUUACAUUUUAAAGAUAUAAAAUCAUCAAAUGAUAAUGAUGAUAAUAAUAAUAAUAAUUGUUUAGAAGAAAUGAGAAAAGAAGAAUAUAAUUUAGUAGAUAGUCAAAAAGAUUUAUGUGAUUGGAGAUUCUAUGGUUCAUCAAACUAUGAUUUAAAUUCAAAUUGGAAUGUUUUUAAUAAUAUUUUUGACCAAGAUUUUAAUCAACACAAUGAAGCUGUCUUCCGUACUUGGCAUACUCAAAGAUUUAAACAUUUUAUUCCAACUUUACCAAAUAAACUUAAACAAAAUUCAAAUGUUAUUGCAGUUCAAAGAGUUUUAACUGUACCAUUUAAUAUUGAAAUUUCAUUUAUUUCACAUGAAUUUCAUAAUGAAAAAGAAUUAUCAGAAGAAAAAGUUGAAGAAAUUGUUAAAUCAAUUUUAACAGGUUCAGAAUUUGAUAAAACAUAUUCAAAAUUUGAAAAACAAUUUGAUGAUAAAUUUAAUAAGAAAUUCCUUGGUGAAAAAUUAAAAAAACAUAAACCAGAAAUUUAUAAAGUAUCAAAAGAGUCACUAAGUAAUUUAUUAGGUGGUUUCGGUUAUUGGUAUGGUAGUGGUAUUACAAAGAAAUCUUUAAAAUCUGAUAAAAUUAUUAAAUCUAAACCAGUUGCAUUAUUUUCAGCAACACCAUCAAGACCAGCAUUUCCAAGAGGAUUUUUAUGGGAUGAAGGAUUUCAACAAUUAUUAGCAUCAACAUUUGAUGUUGAAUUAACAAUUGAAUCAUUAUCACAUUGGUUAAAUAUUAUGGAUGAAAAUGGUUGGAUACCAAGAGAACAAAUUCUUGGACUUGAAGCAGCAUCAAUGGUACCAGAGGAAUUUAGAUUACAAUUACCAAAUAUUGCAAAUCCACCAUCAAUCAUAUUAGCAAUUAAUAAAUUAUUAGAGAUUUCACAAGCAUAUAAAGAGAGAACAACAACUAAUAAUAAUAAUAAUAAUAAUGUUGAUAGUAAUAAUUUUAAAAUUAAUAUGAUUAGAGAUCUUUCAGUUAUUAUUGAAAAUAAUAAAGAGUAUGAUUCAAUUCAAAGAUUUUUACAUUCAGCAUUACCAAGAAUUGAAAGAUUUUAUCAAUAUUAUUGGAAUACUCAAUCAUCAGGUUUAAUUGAAAAUUCAUUCCGUUGGAGAGGUAGAAAGGUUAAUCAUACAUUGGCAUCUGGAUUAGAUGAUUAUCCAAGAGCAUUGGAACCAUCGACUUCAGAGAUACAUGUGGAUUUAAAUAGUUGGGUUGCUUUCUUUGCAAAAUCAUUAUCAACUCUUACAAAAUAUUUAGGUGGUAGUGAUAAUAAGAAUCAAGAGAAAUCUGAACUUUAUUUCAAACAAUUUACAUUGAUUCGAUCAAAUAUUGAGCAAAUGCAUUGGGAUGAGGAAGAGAAUCUUUUCCAUGACAUUUUAAUUCACAAGAAUGGUAGUAAACAGUUUAUUAGAACUUAUGGUUACAUGAAUUAUUUCCCAAUGUUAUUGGGUGUGUUGGAUGUUGAUUCUGCAAAACUUUCACCACUCUUAACCACUCUCAAAGAUGUUAAUGGAAUUUGGUCAAGAUGGGGUAUUCGUUCAAUGUCUUUAAAGGAUAAGAAUUUCGGUACUCAUGAAAACUAUUGGAAAGGUCCAAUUUGGAUCAAUAUCAAUUAUCUCUUUGUUCAUUCUAUGAAUAAAUUCUAUACAAAAACUCCUUCAAUCAAUGAAUGUUAUCAAACACUCAGAUUCAAUCUCAUCAAUAACAUUGGUAAUAUUUACUCUGAAACUGGUAAUAUCUAUGAACAAUAUGAUCCAAUAACUGGUUUAGGUACAAGAAAUCGUCCAUUUAAUGGUUGGACUGCUUUAGUUUCUUUAAUUUCUUCUGAACAAUAUUAA